CGAUGAAAAGUUGGGGGGGGACAUUUGAUACGUUGUCUCCCCACUUUAAAAAGUGGAGGGAACUCCCCCCCCCCCCCGCCCCAACACACAGACGCCCAUGGCUGAGGGGAGGCGGCGGGCCAGUGUGCGGCAGGCAGCUGGUGGUGUGCGUGGCGCGGCGAGGGGCCUCGGGAGUCGGGAAGCACACGGGCCAGUCUGCCAUCAGCUGCCGCGCGGCGUGCUGGGUGAGGGCUGAGCUGGAAGGCGUCAAGACAGGUGUGCUGCGUCCAGGGCGUCACACCGCUGCAGGGGUUCUCGUGGCGACAUAAACAUCUUGUGGCUCUCCUUUAGGCUAAGGGCGUGAAACAUGGUGGUGGCGAGGAGGUGGGUGGCAGGCGGGGGAGGCGCGGGCAGAGAGGCGUGAGUGGAGGGCAAUGCAGUGUGGGUGACGGGGAGCCAUGGGUCGCCACGCCGCCAUCCAGACCUUCCUGCUCACGCUCACCGGCUGCUCCUGGAUGCUGCUCUUCCUCACCAUCACGCUUUCCGACCACCACGUCUUCAGGGAGUACCAGGCCGCCAGCAAGGUGGCCGCCCGCAUCCACCCCCCGGAGGAGCCCGACCCGUGCGAGGCGUGCUGGGGGACGGACGAGGACGAGGGUCACACGGCACGCAGCGAUGAAUCCAGCACGACGCAGGAGCCUGGGUGGGGCGUGCGGCUAGCGCGGGCGAUCGGCGUGGGCAAGAACGCAGAGGAGGCUACCGAUGAGGGCGGCAAGGGCGGCGUGAGUGGAGUGAGUGCCUUCUACUAUUACACUCUCCACACAACUUUCACAGCUUUGCGGCUCAGGCUCAAAAAGGCUCAACAGGUAGCAGGUGACGUGCGUGACGAGGUGGCCGCCCUGGAAGAGAAGGUCACCCACCUCCACCGUGCCCUCGUCACCCACUUCUCUCCGCGGCACAACCCGUACAGCCACAAGUCCUCGCACGCCAAACGCUCCGGCCAAGACCCAAAGAGAAGAGUUUCUUUAGAUCUCGGUUCUGACCAGCGCAAACAUGCUCCUCCCGCUUCCAACCCUCCUGAACGUCCCCAGAGAUCUCGUGAGGCGCGAUCUGACGACGUGACAACGAGGGGCGCUUCACAGGGUUCUCAAAAACCAGUCGUUCCACAAGGCAGCCAUAAUCGCGUCUUUCCCAUCGUGGCCAUCGCCCCAUCAACACCAGCAGCGGCAGGAGAGACCACAGGUGAGGAAAGGAGCGUUUCCUCACCACCAUGGCAGCAGAGACUCCACACAGGUCCUUCCACAGGCACCCUCACGUAUUCUCUCUCUGACAUCAGAAGCCAAUCUACAAUUAGUGAGAGUUUGCAGCCGUCAGAGCACACACACAGAACGCCUCAAAGCCUGGGCACAGCUGCAGUACAGAGUGGUGUGCAGAGUGACAGUGCGAGUGUCAAAAGAACGAGUGCCACGCUACUGGACACGUCAGGGUUUGGGCAGAGGACGAGUGGUGAUGGGGAAUGGGUGGGGCGAAGAGUGUUGAGUGUCGGGGCGCAGAGUCGCGGUGUUCCCAAGCACCACACGGCUGUCCGCAGCGUGGUGUCAGUGAUAGUGGUGGACGGUGACCCCGGGGCAGAGCUGCUUGCGGCCCUCGGCUCCACCUACCCCGGGAUGACGGUCCAUCUGGUGACCACCACGCCUUCCUCACACCUACAGACCUCACACAUCCGACUCAGUGUGCACAGCGUUCAGGCCAACACCACCACAGGCGCCGCCUACAGACAGGUCCUCAGACACGUCAGGACUCCAUAUGUGUUAGUGGCGCAGGGCGGGGCCUCCUUGUCCCGCGUGGGUGGGCUUGGGAUGCUGGUGUGGGCGGUGGAGCACCUCGGGGUUUGGGCAGCAGGCGGGGGACUGCUGUCACCCUCGGGUCUGUGGCGUCCAGGAUGCCUCACCACCUCCUACGCCCACUACGAGGCCGCCUGGGAGCGUGGCCACCUGGGCACCGCGGGGGGCUGCCUGCUGUGUCAGGCGCUGGAGGGGCCCUUCCUGGCGGUGACUGCUGCCCUGCGUCACUUCGGGUGGGACGCUCAGCUGCCCACACACGCGGCACACCUCGACCUGUUCUUGCGAGCCGCACACUCCCGGCACAUGCUGGCGGCGUCCUGCUCUGGAUCACUAUUUUCCCUCAGCGGCGAGCUGGAGUCACCGUCACGGGACAGCCUGCUCAGCCUGGCCCGCCACCACAGCCUGUACUCGCUGCAGCUGCCUCAGAGCUCUCCAGUUCUCUUCUCCUGCAAAGAGGUCAAAGCCAAGUGUGGGAACCCCGGCCUGGCGCUGCCCCCGUGCUGCCGCCAGGAGCUCGCCCGCCUCGUGCGCUUCACACUGGACAUGUGCGAGGCUCACAACCUGCUGUGCGAGCUGCAGGAGGGAUCGCUGCUUGGAGCGCUGAAGGUCGGGGGCGUGAUGCCUUGGGAAAGGGACGCAGAUCUCACCUUCCACACCAAGAACUACACGGCCCUGGAGGCGCUGAAGGACGUCUUUGAGAGGGCCGGCUACUCCCUCCAUCUAACGGACAACCGGUGGUGCUGCGUGGAUGGGCGGUGGGCGGGCGGGCAGGGCUCCCUCAGCAGCGAGAUGUGGCGGGCGGAGCUGUGGAGCCAACACGCCAUGGACUCCGAAGAGAAUCUGCUGGCGGGGCGACCACGAACCAGAGUGGAGUUUGACGGGUCGUGGGUCGCCGCCCCCUCCAGCCCCGGCCAGUAUGUGAGGAACCGCUACGGGACUGAGGUGUACCGCCACGCCCAGCACUGGCUUGAUACAGGUCGCAGCUCGGGGUGGGAAGAGUAUGAGUCUGGGAAGUUCCUGCCGUGUUCAGACCCCACCCACCACGCCUGUCUCGACCAAUACCUUCCCGACGGCAACCUCAGGCUCCACCCCCUGUGCGUCACGUGAGCCAAUCCCGGGGGCGGAGCAGCGUCUCGGCGCCUCCCUCUACGCCCGCCUGCUUCGUCAACACGUGCCAGUAAUUCAGCCUUUCAGCCUCACUCUCGUUGCGGCAAAAAUCGUGCCAACUUGACUAGCGGUGAUAGUUAGCGUGCCAUAACUGUGACUUUAGGUGUAUGUAUGUGUGUGUGUGAGUGAGUGUAUGUGUGUGUGUGUGUGUGUGUGUGUGUGUGUGUGUGUGUGUGUGUGUGUGUGUGUGUGUGUGUGUGUGUGUGUGUGUGUGUGUGUUUGUUUCCGUUGUUUCCGUAGCUGGCUGUUGUCAUUGCGCUGUGGUUGUUGUGUUAGGCCAGAAACACAGACUCGCCAGUAGGGUGUAGUGUAUAGUAUAUAGUGUAUUGCUCUGUAGCGACACUUGACACGGGUAUAGUGAGAUCCGCCCCUUAACUCUUAAUGACUCGGUGUGCUCCCCUCACCACCACCAUCACCGCCGCCGCCACACCUGCCGCUGACAGGUGUGGUGACAUACAACAGUUGGUAUUCUAUGACGUCCGUAAGUUAGCCAGGAGAGGCAGGCAGUCUUCCGGGACCCUCCGUUAGCAUUAGUUAUGGUACUGAGUAAGGCUGCUGCAGACCCUUCCCUCCCUACCUUCCUCCUUCCCUCCCUCCCUUCCUCUCUACCCUCUUCUUCCUUCCCUCAUUCCCUCCCUUCUUCUUUGUCUUUCCUCUCCCCAUUCUUCCCUUCCUUACUUCUUUCAUCCUUCCCUCAGUUCUUCCCUCCAUUCUUCACUUCCUCCCUCCAUCACUCCCUCCUUCCCUUCUUCCUUUCUUUCUUUUCUCUCUUCCUUCAUCCUUCUCUCUCUCUCUCUCUCUCUCUCUCUCUCUCUCUCUCUCUCUCUCUCUCUCUCUCUCUCUCUCUCUCUCUCUCCUUGCCUCCUUCCAUUCAUCUCUCCCCGAGUCCCUACCCCUAUUCUUCCUUCUUUCCCUUUCAUUCCUUACUUCCAUCCCUCCUUUCGUUAGUCCCUCCCUCCCCCCUCCCUCCCUCCCUCCCUCCUUCCCUCCCCCUUCCCUCCCCUCUGAAGGACGUCAGCCACACGUUCCAACUCUAAGAACCAGAUUACACUCAGUAGCGGCGUGCACCCCUGCGUGUCUGACGCGGGGCGGCGCCUGUAUAGACACCCCACACCCACUGACCUCAUAGCCAGUAAGUGUUGACAGUUUGAACCCAAAACAAAAUAGUCACUAGAUGUACACUCUGAUUUCUUUUGUGAUCUUCUGAAGGACUUUUGUCGACCCACUGUUAUCUAUUGCAUUCACGACUUGAAGUGAUAAGACGUCCAGUGAUUUUUUUUUUUUUUUUUUUUUUUUUUAGUAAAGGGUGACAAGAGUUCUUUAGAGGAAUGUGAUCCAAGUGUAACCAUAAUAGAGAAUAGUGAGUAAUGAUACACGUAUAAAGAAACAGUAAAUCCGCCCUUGUUAGAUAUAGACAGUACAAGAUAACUGUUAGAUUCAGAGAGAGAGAGAGAGAGAGAGAGAGAGAGAGAGAGAGAGAGAGAGAGAGAGAGAGAGAGAGAGAGAGAGAGAGAGAGAGAGAGAGAGAGAGAGAGAGAGAAACCAAUGGACACAGGACUGAAGCAUAGGCAUAUACUUAUAUUUACAAGCCACAAGACUUAUAAUAGAUUGUUGUACUUGCUGAAUGCUAUACUUUCGAGUACUUAACAAUGGGGAAAACAGCCACCUCUAGAUUAAGCAAUUAGCCGCAUAACUCUACACGCGUAUGGCAGGGAGUCUACAUGUAAAUAAUAAUAAUAAUAAUAACAAUAAUAAUAAUAAUAAUAAUAAUAAUAAUAAUAAUAAUAAUAAUAAUAAUAAUAAUAGUAAUAAUAAUAAUAAUAAUAAUAAUAAUAGUAAUAAUAAUGAUAAUAAUAAUAACAAUAAUAAUAAUAAUAGUAAUAAUGAUAUGCUUUCGCCUUUUUUUAAGUAGGUAUAAUUAAGGUGUUCUAAUAGUUAUUGACACACACACACACACACACACACACACACACACACACACACACACACACACACACACACACACACACACACACACACACA